AUGCGCUUCCCUAUCCCCUCCACCGGCGUCAACGCCUGUGCACUCUCCUGGCGGCCGCCUCCCGAGUUCUCUGCGCGUGCCAAGGACCUCAUAGUCAAGGGGGAUAUAACGGAGAUUGAAGUUUGGCAGCUUAUUGCGCCCUCGGCCAACUCGGCCACCGUCUCUUCCACUAUGGACGAGCUCGAUUUUGAUACCUUAUCGUAUUCGACCCUUCCCGUGCGCGGAGAGCUGCUUGGCGUACUAGACCUCACAGCCAAGCCGAACAGCACAACACUGGAGUUUGCUUGUCCCAGCGGGGCGGAGAGUCUAGUGGUGGAGAUGAGGUGCCAGCGCGUGGCGUGUCAUGUGGAAUUUAUGCAGAUUGAUAUAGCGCCGACCUUUGGGUUUGAGUUGGUGAGAAGGAGAGAAUGA